GUCUCCUGGGUCACUGGGCCCAGCGUAAGCGAAAGUGAGAAUUUCGGAGUAACUCGGCCAUGCUUGCCCAGAUCUUGCUGGCAGCGAUCCCGCCGUCCUGUUGGCCCCAUUCACGCUCAAGCUCGACUUCGACCUUCCCCUAUUGUUACAUCGUGAACUGGUACACUGGUACGACUGGAGCUCCGCCUGAACUCGCCGCACAUGGCGACCCUCGAUUCGCAGACAGUGCUGGCCCCCGAUCAGUUCCGGAUAAAGACACCCCUUACUUCGACUCAACUGGCCCGUCAACUGCGGUCCUGCAAGGUCUGCCGGUUCCGCAAGGUCAAGUGUGAUCGCGUUAAACCCUGUCAUGCGUGCUGUGCCCACGGCUAUCCGUCCAAGUGCGUCUACGAUACCGAACCUGAAGAUGACCUCCAGCCCAUCAGUCAAUCCGACGAGAUCCGUAAUCUCCGCGCGGAAAUCCGCGAGCUAACGGCGACCCUCAAUACCCGUGAACACCGGAGCCGAACUCCACGGCGUCUAGCGCAGCUCCAAAGCCUCGUCGAUGUGAUCCGCUCGGCCCCCCCGGAUGCGGUCAACCGUCUUGUCGCCGGAAUCCGAAGAUCUCACGGGGGAACAAAUGAGGUGGCGAUCUCGGUGGGACCGGUAAAUGGGUCAGAAGAACAUGGUGCCGUCACCCUUCACCAGCCUCGCUCGUACGACAGUGACGACUCGUUGGAUCCGGACGAGGAGAUCUUUUCUCGGUCGGGUCCCGAUGGUCACAGUCGGAGUUCGUCGGAAGACUCAGAGGACUCGAGCUAUGGAUCGAUAUGUCACAUAGGAUCCACGAAGCCCAUGCUGGGUGUGUUUAUUGAACGCUUUGUGGAUGCAUUUAGCCCCGAAGUUGAUGCAAAAGCCGGUCAGGCCGGUGCCCUACGGCGGGCUGCCGAAAUCCGCAUGUUUUCGCCCAUCCUCGAGGACGCGUUUGAAUCGGUAUCGGUCGCGUACUUUGGUCGGACCGUUCAGAAUAAGGAGUUGGAAGCGGCUGGAUUCCGUCUUUAUCCCCGAGUGCUACGGAGUCUGCAGCAGGCUUUGCAAGAUCCCGAGCGUAGCAAGGCCGAAUCGACGUUGGUGACGGUCACCCUUUUGAUGGCCUUUGAGAGUGUGGAGCGAACUACCCAGGUGUCGCUGAUUGCCCACGUCCAUGGUGCACUGCGCCUGAUCGAGCACCGAGGCCCGGAGAAUCAUGUGCAUGGGGUGGAGCAUUUGCUCUAUACGGAGCUGCGUCCAUACUGGGUUGCGGCGGCCAUGGUCAGUCGCAAACCCUCUUUCCUCGCAAGCGAGGACUGGAUCAACCUCCCUUGGUCCGCCAAUACCAGCAGGAGAGACAUCCUGCACUAUCUACUCGACCUGGCAACUGAGAUCCCGGCUCUGCUUGCGCAGUUCGACGACAUCGAAGACACUCUCCAGUCCAACAUGUACAGCACCCAUGAAAUCACCGUGAAGCAAGCCUCUCUCUGGAGCGGUGUCGCCGACCUGACCAACCGCUUCCGCCAGUGGAAAGUCCAAUGGGUCGACAACUACCCCGACGGGCCACCCCAAGAGGUGGAGGUCGUGCCUGACGGCCAAUUUCCCAUAUUCCAGUGUCGGGACUUCCGUACAGGGGGGAUAAUGACUCCCACCAAGUUCGUCUAUCCCGAUCUUCGUCUCGCACAAACCAUGUGCCUUUAUUACUCCACACGGUUGAUUCUAUCGACUGUUGAUACGCGACCAACGGACCGCGUCGGACCCUUGGAACAGUAUUCCCUAGGGUGUGGUAUCUGCCGGACAUUGGAGUGGUAUUUGCUGAAUGCACGAGGGAACAUGAUUAACCGACUUGCAUUCCCGGUCAGAGUGGCCUGGGAAGUAUUCCCGGAAGGAGGACCCGAACGGAAGUUCAUGUACGAGGUGUUGAAACUGGUUGAGAAGCGACAUGCCCUGGGUCUUUGGGGGAGCAACAUGUCCGAGAUCUCUACUCGGAGCGGGUCUCCUCGGGAACAGUCGCCGGAGGUGAGCGCAGAGGCAUGAAGGGAAAGAUGGGUUCGGAUCGUCGGAUGAAGCUGACUGUAAAUCUUCAUGAGUUAUGAUUCCUUCCGGGUUGCUGGCAAUGGUUUGUUCGUGGUAUAUAAUCUGUAAUGGGCCGAUGCAGGGAUCCAUCUCACUCAUUUCUACCGACU